AAAACUUGCAGACAAAGAUUUGGAAGAGAUAUUUAACAAUCCUUUGGCAGAAAGAUUUCUUCCGCAACCUGACUUUGAUGGAAUUAUCAAAGCGGUUAAUAAUGAACCAGAUAAAAAUAUCUCUAAUUUAUAUAUUAAAGCUGAUAAGUGGAUAACUUUAGAAAAGCCUUAUAUUUCUUCUUUAAUUUUUAAAAUUAUUCAUCAAGAAGAUAAAUUAAAAACUGGAAUAAGUAAAAUUACUGAAAGCAAUCAAAUUACUGAAAUCAGUCAAGAUGUUGAAAUUAGUCAAGAUGCUGAAAUUAGUCAAAUUAAAAAAGAUUUAGAAGAUUUAACUAGCAUUAAAAAGGAGUUAGAAGAUUUAACUAUUUUUAAAAAAGGGUUAGAAGAUUUAACUAGCAUUAAAAAAGAAUUAGAAGAUUUAACUAGCUUAUUUGACAACUUCAAAAAUGAAGUUAUAACUAAACUAAAUAA